AGGUUUUUUGCUGUGUAACUAUAUCUGUUAACUUUACUCAAUUAUCUUCAGUACCAAGAAAGCCUGGUGAUAAAGCACAAUGCCCCACCAAUAUUCUGGACCUCCACUGCAACAGUACAGAUUUAUCAAAUUUUAGCAGACUUUUAUCUCUCAUCUCUGUCAACUUUUAUGCAAAAGGAUGAAACUAAAUGAGUGCUGGUACCCAGACAUUUGCUGUGUCACUGCCUGGUAAAAGCAAAGCUUUUGAUUGCACAAAGAGAACAUAAGUAACCUGCCAUAAGCCAUCAUUUUAGCGGUGACAAGAAAACCUUUUUCUCUGGUGGACGGGUGCCAACAUGCCUGUGGCUUCAGCUCAUUCAGACGAUGCAGCUAUGCAGCAGGUCUUGGACAACUUGAAUGACUUACCAAACUCUACUGGAGCCAAGGAUCUUGAUUUACUGUUCCUAAGAGGAAUCAUGGAGAGCCCAAUUGUUCGGUCACUUGCUAAGGCGCAUGAGAAACUGGAAGACACUAAGCUGGAAGCUGUGCGUGAUAAUAACUUGGAGUUGGUGAAGGAGAUCAUUAAUGAUAUCACUCCAAUUGCCAAGGAGAAUGAUACUGCAGCAGAACUCAGUCAUAUUCUCCAAGAACCACAUUUUCAGUCUCUGUUGGAAGCUCAUGAUUCUGUCGCCUCCAAAAACUAUGAAACUCCACCCCCAAGUCCAGAGUCUUAUAUGGACUCUACGUUCAACAAUCAGCCUGUCCCACCUGAUGCAGUCCGAAUGGUGGGGAUUCGCAAAGUCAAGGGUGAACAUUUGGGUGUAACAUUCAGGGUUGAAAACAGUGAACUUGUGAUUGCGCGAAUUCUUCAUGGAGGCAUGAUUGACCAACAAGGUCUGCUACAUGUGGGGGACAUCAUCAAGGAAGUGAAUGGAAAAGAGGUUGGGAAUGAUCCAAAGGUCUUGCAGGAAAUGCUCCAGAAUGCCAGUGGAAGUGUCAUCCUUAAGAUCCUACCUAGCUAUCAGGAACCACAUCCUCCACGCCAGGUAUUUGUGAAGUGCCACUUUGAGUAUGAUCCUGUCAAUGAUAACCUGAUACCUUGCAAAGAAGCUGGCUUGAAGUUUACCUAUGGCGAUAUAUUGCAGAUUGUGAAUCAGGAAGAUCUCAACUGGUGGCAGGCCUGCCAUGUGAAGGAAGGAGGAAGUGCAGGCCUUAUCCCAAGUCAACUGUUGGAGGAAAAGAGGAAAGCUUUUGUCAAACGAGAUUGGGAUUUUUCCACACCUUCAGGUGCACUGUGCGGGAGUAUGGGUGGAAAAAGGAAGAAGAAGAUGAUGUACCUGACCACAAAAAAUGCAGAAUUUGAUCGACACGAGCUUCUGAUCUACGAGGAAGUAGCAAAGAUGCCACCAUUUCAGAGGAAAACUUUGGUUCUUAUAGGAGCACAAGGUGUUGGAAGAAGAAGCCUGAAGAACAGACUCAUCAUGUCUGACCCAAUGAGAUUUGGAACGACCAUUCCUUUUACUUCACGGAAACCAAAGGAGGACGAAAAUGAUGGCCAUAUCUAUGCCUUUGUGUCCCGUGCUGAAAUGGAAAGUGACAUCAAAGGCGGUCGGUAUCUGGAACAUGGCGAAUAUGAAGGAAAUCUUUAUGGAACAAAGAUUGAUUCCAUUCAUGAGGUUGUUGAAAGUGGGAAAAUAUGCAUCCUGGAUGCAAACCCGCAGGCUCUGAAGGUUCUGCGGACAUCUGAAUUCAUGCCUUAUGUGGUAUUUAUUGAGGCUCCAGACCUGGACACACUCCGAGCAAUGCACAGGGCAGCUAUUGACAUGGGAGUUACAACAAAACAAUUAACUGAUGCAGAUUUGAAGAAAACGGUGGAAGAGAGCUCCCGCAUUCAGCGAGCGUACAACCACUACUUCGAUCACACCAUUAUAAAUGAUAAUCUUGACAAAGCCUUCCAAAAGCUUCAGGCAUCCAUGGAGAAACUCUGCACAGAGCCCCAAUGGGUACCAGUGAGCUGGGUCUACUAAUGUUCUUCCAAAGGGUAGAGGAAUAUGUUUUACACAGAGUACCAUUAACUUUGUAGAAAAAGUCCUUUAGAAGUAAAGAAGCAUCAUUUUGGAUAAUUCAUAAGUGGGGCAACUAGUCAUGCUUCCAACAAGUAUAUUGUGCCAAUCUUUAAUGAAUCAUAAAUAAAAAUGUUUUGAAAGGAAAGGAUGGGAAUUCUCCCAGGCCAUCUUUAUGAUUUUAUUUUUAAGCGAUAUAGGAACUAGGCAUAGUUUUUGGACAUCAGUGUCCAGUUUGGUGGUUUAUGACAGAUUCUGAUAGAUUAACAAGAUUAAACAAUACAGCUUUUGUGCUCUUUGCAGCUUUUCACCAGAAAAAUAAACAACAAAUCAACACAUUGUUGGAAAUCUGAGUCAAAACAGAAAAUGCUGUAAAGUCUCUUAACUCAAUGAUCUAAAAGUCUUUCUCUCAGCACUGAAUCUUCCUGAUCCACUGGGAUUUUCUAGCAUUUUCAGAUUUUAUAAGCAAUUGGCAUUGUAUACAUUAGGGAAAAUAAUCAUGGGUAUGGGUUUUUAAAAUAUUGAUUUUCUUUAAACUUAUAAUCUUUUAUUUCAUUUCAAUGCCUUUUAAAUUACUCUAAAGUGGACAGGUGUCAGAAUUUGAAUUGAAAGUUUAUCCAGAAUCAAACCUGAAAUCAUUGCCAUUACUUUGGAAAGGAUUCUUUAAAAUCUGUCAAAAUUUGUUUCAUUUGUAUGCUUAUGUGAGAUAGUUGAAUGCUGUGGUCAUUGUCUUCUGCCAAUGACAACAUACAGUAUUUCUUAAGAGUAAAUUCUGUAUGUGAAUACGGUAUUAUUCCUUAAUACAGUUGUCAAAAUUUAAUUUUUCUGUUCAAAAAGACAAACAACUAACCAUGCAUACUGUAUAGUGAAGGAGGUACUUUGUGUGUUUAAAGUACUCGUCCUAAGUUUUAUCCCAAACUUUCCUACAUUUGUGAUUCUACAAAUUGGACACAACUAUAUUGCUUUGGCCUAGCACUGGGAAUUUGUUUUCUAACACUCUUAUUCUCAAGGACUUUUUUCAUUCAGACUUAACCUAAUCAUUACUAAUUAUAUUAUCUGUGGGAGAGUAUCCCUUUUUAAUGGUUCACUGGACUUUGUAACUAAAAAAAAUUAUUUGGACCUAUCUUGUUUACUGUCUUUAAGUUCACUGCUCUAAUUGUGAUAAACAGAGUUUAGAUUUUUUUAAUUUAAUAUAAUUUGGAUAUAAGUCAUUCAGUGUGGUUAUGCCUUUAACAAAAUAACCAAUUUUCUAUCCCCAUUGUGAAUUUACAGUUUCAGAACAGUAAUGAUGUGUAUUCACAUCCUUAAAAUCUGAGCUAAAAUGGGACCGAGUUCAGCAACAGUUCAUAAACAUAUUAUAAAGGUUAACUAGAAGGUUAUUGUGGGCUGCAAACAUAACCCAGGUCAUCAAGGUCAAAGUCUUGAUAUUAAUUAAGCUUCUUCCCUUUAUUUCUUAAUAAAAUAUAACUAAGAUGAAAUUAGGACAGAAAAUGAACUAAAAGCAUCCAGGGCAAAAUAUUCCAAAUCUGAAAUUAAAUAAUAAAGUUUUGGAAAUACUCAGCAAUCAAGGAUCAUUUGUAAUAGGAGAGACAACAUUAAUGUUUCAAGAUUUAGAUAAAAUGUUGUUGACCUGAAAGGCUAAUGCUGUACAUCUCCCUUCACAAUUGCUGCCUGAUUUGCUAAGUAUUUCUAUCAUUUCUGCAUUUAUUUCAAAAUGCCUUUUUUGUUGGUGAAUGUUUAUUUGUUCAAAUAUUCCAUCUGUUAAUUUAAUAAAGGACAUUUCCAUUGAACUCUUAGUACAGGUAGAAUAUUUAUAGGGCUUUGUUUAAUGUGCUUAUAAAUAUACUCAAGAGAUGUUCAUCAAUGUAAACACUUUAGAUUAUUAACAUUAUUCUCCUUUGCCUCUUUUUGCACCAUGCAAGCAAGGCCAUAAUCAAUUAGCAGGUAACAGAAUCCAUUGAGUUGUCAAUUUGCUGAAAAAAGCAAUGCUAUACAAAUCUAUUCUUGGUCACUAUUCUCACAUGACAUACGUGAUACUUUCCUGUUCUGAAUAGCGGUGAUAUCAGAAGUGGUAUAUAAUGGGCAUUGCACUUAGUAUCAUGCAUACAGCAUGCGAUAAUGGAUACACUUCUACCCUAAUGUUUUUUUUCUUCAUAGAACGUAGGUAUUAGUAUCACCCAAUUACCCCUGAAUAGAGUAGCUUCCUGGCCAUUUAAAAGUGCAUCUAACAGUUAAUCACCUUGGUGAAUCCAGGGUCAUGUCAAAGCCAGACCUGAUAAAUUUCCUUCCUUCCCUUAAAACUCUAUCUAAAACCCUUAGUGAAUGAGGUAGAGUUUUAUGAAAAUCCACCAGUUCAAUGAUUAACUUUACUGCCGCUAACUUUUGUUUGUAGAUUUAGUUUAAGUGUUUAAAUUUAAGCAAUCAGGUUGCUCUACUGGGGUUGGAAUCACUUCAGCAGCCCAGGUCUCUAGAUACUGUGCUGUUAGUUAUUGUGCUCCAUAUUAAUGCAACAGUACAUCCGAGAUCAUAUACUUGCUCUAUCUCUACUCAAGUUAUAAAAAGAAUAGCAUUUCACCUUUUGGACCUGAAGUUAAACUUUGAUAGAUGAUGAAUUACAAAAGGUAUUGCUCAUCGUUAAAUACCUGAAUAUCCUUUUAGACUGUUUUUGAUGUAUUUCUGAUACUAGCCUAUUGUAAAAAGAUGUUGCUUCCUGUGAUUUCAGAUCAGGCCCAUCUCUGUAGCUGAUCAGUAACAUAAUGAAGAUCAUUUUUUAAAUAAAUCCCGAGAGGGUGCUUUUAAAAUGUUGUUUUUUUAAUUGUAUUUUUAACUUUGUAACAGAUUUAAAGAAUAUAUAUGUAACAAGAAUUUAUCAAAAGAAAAAUAUAGACUCAAUAUGAAUUUCAUUUGAAAAAUAUAGGAGAGAUGGUAUACAAUUGCUGGAAGUGUACAAUUACAGUAGAUUGCGUUUUGCCAACACAAAACACAUAUACUCAAGUAUGUAUAUAAAAAAAUAUUUUCGUUGAUACUUUAUACAACUGUGUAUUUCAUGUGAAGCCUGAUCACAACCGAUAAAUAGAAUUGUAGAAAUUUGUGCUUCAGUGGUUUGACUUUAAGGGCAGAAGACAGAGGAAAGCAUUGUGGAAAAUUGUUUCCAUUCAUUCUUGAAGAGGUGUUUUUGGAGUAGGCAACUGGCUUGGUUCUAGAACAAAGGAUUUUUAAAAUUAAAUUACAUCAUCCUACAUUCCAAACUCAUUACUUAGUCAGAAAUGGGAGCCUAGUUUUCUUUAAGAAAAGGUGAUGUCUUACAAUCUUAUUUCUGUGUCUUCUCAAAAAUAAUUAGGGAAAUAUAUAUUUUAAGACCUUACUGUAUUAAAUCAUUACAGGUUUGGCAUCCAUAUAAUAAGGAAAAUAGUUUCUAGGAUUAUUAUUUUGAAGGGGAAUUGUUGAUGUAUUUAUCAACUCAUUAAUGUUCCUCUGAUUGAAGCGGUGUUCCUAGAUCUUGGUCCACUCUCUUUUUGGUGGCGUCUUUCUUAGCUCUGUUGUUUUUGGUUUCUGUGGUUCGUGGAUUUCAGCUUUUAAAUCACCAAUGACAGUGAUUCUCUGGAGUCCUUUCUCAAAACUCCAAUCAAUGCUCCAUCUUCUCCUUUAUAUUAACCUAUGUGGUUGGGCUUUAUGUAAGUCUAUUACUUUCUGUAUCCAAGCACUAAUUUCUUUACUCAUCAAAGAACUUUACUCAAUAUUAAAUGUGUUUAACUUAUGUGAUUAGGAUAUAAAGGUAAUUUCAUUCAUAAUUUUUCUAUCGUGCAAUUUUUUGAAGCUUUUUAAAUACAUGAUUAUACAUAAUUAUACAUGCCUGUGUCAAGUUGCCAAAAAUAUCCAUGUGCUUAGGGAUCAAGCAUGUAACCGCCAAUUCUUAGCCCACUGAGAGAUUUGAAAAUCCUUAUGUUUACAAUGCCCUAUAACCAUGAUGUACUUCAAUUAGAAAAGUGGUAUAAUCAUUUUAGAGAUGAUUAAGGUUUAUCAGUAGCACGUAUUUCCCUUUAUGAUGUCAUAUUUCUCAUUACUCUUAGAAAUAUCUUGAAGCUUAAUCCUUUCGUUGCUGGAUGAAUCAGUUAAAUUGGAUUAUACAUAUAAAUUGUAUUUUGAAUUGUACAGAUAAACAAUUCAGGUACAUGGCACCCUGUAAGAACCACACAUGGAUAUUUCCUCUUUCCAUAAAGCACUCUAUUCUCCUUUCCUUAGGUUAAUAAUAAUCAUUUUUGACAUAUGUUUAUUUUUUAAAGUUUGGAAUCAAAGCUAUGUUGCUCCAUUUACCAAAUUGUUCUGGAACACAUGAUCAGGAGAAGACCACGUAACAAAAUAAGGCUGUCCAGCUAUUUAGUGUGGUCAAGCUUGAAGCAGUUUUGAGGUCAAUGAAUACAAUGAGCUUAAGGGGUUUUAGGUUUUUCUGGCUUUUUGCUGGGAUUUCUGAAGAAUUUUGGUGAUGCCUUUCAAAUAAGACCAAAAAAGUCUCAGAUCGUUUCAUGUCUUAAUAAGUAACUUUGCAAGUAUGUUGUCACAUAAAGGAGGCCUUUGUGUCUUGUGUACAAACUGGAGCAUCAAACAACAGAUGAGCUUCACUUCUUAAUGAUCAAUAUAUUGACUUAUGGUAAUUUCAAUGAAUACCAAUAAAUUGAAGAAACAGGCCAAAAAAAAUCAAAAACAAACUUCAGAUGCUGGAUAUCUGAAGUAAAAACAGAAAAUACCAGAAACAUUCAGCAGUUUGGACAGUGCCUGUCAUAAGAGAAACAAACUCAAAUUUUCAAGUUGAAAAACUGCAUAUCAGAACUGGGAACAAGAGAUAACAAAGGGAAUUUGAGGUUUCAGAGUGGUCUAUAAGACAUAGGAGCAGAAUUAGGCCACUCAGCCCAUCAAGUCUGUUCUGCCAUUCCAUCAUGGCUGAUUUAUUAUCCCUCUCAACCCCAUUCUUCUGUCUUCUUCCUGUAACAUUUGAUACCCUGACUAACCAGGAAUCUAUCAACCUCUGCCAUAAAUACACCCAAUGACUAGGCCUCCACAGCUGUCCAUGGCAGUGAAUUCCACAGAUUCACAACUCUCUGGCUAAAGAUAUUCCUCCUCAUCUCCAUUUUAAAUGGAUGUCCCUCUAUUCUGAGGCUGUGCCCUCUGAGCCUAUACUCAACCACUAUAGAACCCAUCCUCUCCACAUCCACUCUGUUUUGGUCUUUCAACAUUCAAUAGAUUCAAUGAAAUACCCCCUUAUUUUUCUAAACUCUAUUGAGUACAGGCCCAGGGCCAUCAAACACUCCUCAUAUGUUGACUCUUUCAUUCCCAGAAUCCUUCUCCUGAACCUUCUUUGGACCUUCUACGAUGUCAGCACAUCUUUUCCUAGAUAAGAGGCAUAAAACUGCUCACAAUACUCCAAGUGCAGUCUGACCAAUGCCUUAUAAAGCCUCAGCAUUACAUCCUCACUCUUACAUUCUAGUUCACUCCAAAUGAAUGCUAAUAUUGCAUUCGCCUUCCUUACCACCAACUCAAUCUGCAAGUUAAUCUUUAGGGAAUCCUGCACAAGGAUGCCCAAGUCCCUUUGCACCUCUGAUUUUUGAAUUUUCUGCCCAUUUAGAAAAUAAUCUAUGCCUUUUUUCUUUCUACCAAAGCACAUGACCAUACACUUGGUUAUGCUAUAUUCCAUCUGCCACCCCUAUACCCAUUCUGCCAAUCUGUCCAAUUCCUUCUGCAGGCUCCCUGCUUCCUCAACACUACCUGCCCUUCCACCUAUCUUUGUAUCAUCUGCAAACACCAUCAAUUCCAUCAUCCGAAUCAUUGACAUAUAAUGUGAAAACAGCAAUGGGAAGAAGGUGGUGGGAAGGAUGGACAGAACAAAGAGAAUAUCUGUUGAAGAGGAAAAUUAGGUGAUAUGGGGUAGUUGGAGGGUGAUUAUGCAUUCAGUAGGUAAUCUAUGAACUGAUUCUGUAAAAGGAAAAAUGCUUCCCUUUGUAGUUGUUGUAUGGUGCAAUUUUUCCGUUGGCUUUCCUUACCAAAGAUUUACCUAAUGAUACUGAACAGGGUUAAAUUGAAGUGUAAUAGAUACAGAUUGGUCUGUGUGACGUUUUCAGCUCCAAGAGAUCACACUCUCAAAAAAACAAUUAUGGUCCAAGGUAAUUUCAGAAUUAUUUGAUGGUUAACUGUUAAUUUUCUAACCUAGCGUCAGUAUUCUCUGCAGCUCACCAUACUGAAUUUUUUGGUGAGUCAUCAGAAUGGAAAUUCAUCCUAAAUAUGUAACCUAAUCAAAGUUGCAGCAGCAGUUGAUAGGGUGGUUAUGAAGUCAUAUGGUGUGUAGGUCUUCAUUAGUCAGAAGCGAGUUCAAGAACUGCUCUAUAAAACUCUAGUUAGACCAAACUUGGAGUUUUCUGUUCAGUUCUGGCCACCUCAUUAUCAGAAGAACAUGGAAGCCUUAGCGUGCAGAAGAGAUUUACCAGUGUGCUGUCUGGAUUAGAGAACAUAUCUUAUAAAGAUAGAUUCAGUGAGCUAGGUUUUUUCUCUUUGGAGUGAAGGAGGAUGAAAGUUGACUUGAUAGAGGUGUACAAGACAAUAAGAGGCGUAGAUCAAGUGGAUAGCCAGAGACUUUUUGCCCGGGACAGACAGACUAAUGCAAGAGAGUGUAACUUUAAGGUGUUGUGAGGAAAGUAUAAGGUGAAAGUCAGAGGUAGGAUUUUUACACAGAGAGUGGUAGGUACAUAGAAUGUGUUGGCAGGGGUGGUGAUGGAGGCAGAUACAUUAGGAACAUUUAAGAGACUCUUAGGCAAAUGGAUGAAACAAAAAUGGAGAUUAUGUGGAACGGAAGGGUUAGAUUGAUCUUGGAGAAGGUUAAAGGGUUGGCACACCAUCUUGGGCCAAAGAGCCUGUACUGUGCUAUACUGCUCUAUUUACAAUGUUCUAAUUACAACUGUAAUUUGUGCCACUUCAGAUUAUUUAACAAAACACUUAGUUUUUAAUGAAUAUGCUUAAGAGGUUGCAGAUAAAUAUGUGCUGUGUUUGUAUCACAGUCAAAGUAGGUCAUGAAUGUCCCAGUUUGACCCCUGACUAGAUCCCAGAUUCUUCCGUAUUUUCUCUUCAAAUCAUGUAUGCUGUACUCAAGGCAAAAAUCCAUAACACUGUAAGACAUAAGAGUAGAAUUAAGCCAUUUGACCCAUUUAGCCUGCUCUGCUGUUUCAUCAUGGCUGACUUAUCCUGUUCAACGCCAUUCUCCUGCCCUCUCCUCAUAAGCUUUGAUGCCUUUAUUAAUCAAGAACUUAUUAACCUCAACUUUAAAUAUACACAAUGAUUUGACUUCCACAGCUGUAUAUGGCAAUGAAUUCCACAGAUUCGCCACCCUCUGGCAAAAUAUAUUUCUCCUGAUCUCAGUCCUAAAGGAAUGUUCUUCUAUUCUGAUGCUGUGCCUUCUGGUCCUUACUAGCCCACAACUGGAAACAUCCUCUCCACGUCCACUUCAUUAGGCCUUUCAAUAUUCAAUCGGCUUCAUCCAUCCGUUUUACUUAAUCAGAACUAAGCAUUCACAUAUUCAUAUUGCUAUGCAUUUCAUUUAAAUGGGGUGUGCGUGCACUUACUGAAUCAAUAUAGAAGUGCAUUCACUAAAUCAAAAUAGCAUUGCAUUUCACUUCAUUCACUUGAUCAAAUUGUCUAUACAUAUGCCUAUUUGCAUAAAUUAAAUAUAUAGUGUGUUUGCUAAGGGAAAUGCAUAGAUUCAGUAAAGGUCGAAUUAGUUGAUCAUUGGCUUUAUCAAAAAGUUUGUGGAUUUCACUUCAUCCAAAAUGCACGGAUUUCAAAGUUCCGAGUAAAUUUAUUCAUCGCCAUAUAGCUGAGAUUCAUUUUCUUGCAAGAAUCAAUGAAAAACUUCACACAAAAAUGGACAAGCAACCAAUGUGCAAAAGACAUUAUGUAAACACAAAAUAAAAACAAAUAAUAAUGAAAGAAAGAAAGCUGAGAACAUGAGUUCUGAGAGCCCUUGAAAGUGAGUCCAUAGUUUGAGUUCAGUAAUCAGUUCACUGUUGAGGUGAGUGAAGUUAUUGAUGCUGGUUCAAGAGCCUAAUGGCUGAAAAGUAAUAACUAUUCCUGAAGCUGGUGGUGUGGGACCUAAGGCUCCUGUACCUCUUUUCACUCCACUUAUCAAAAUGUACAUGCAGUGCCCUUAAUUAAAAUGUCUUAACAUCUCAUUAAUGGAAUUAUACAAUGCAUUUAACUUAGACCUUGAGUAAAACUAAAACUAAUGAAAUGAAAAAUGAGUUGUCUUAGCCAAAUCCUGGAAGCUAGUAGACCUACUGUUGAAAAUAAGCUUCCAAACCAGAUAUUCUAAAAUUUUGAGGAAUAGGAUUAAUUUAAUUUUAAGACUAGAACAUUGUUGUGCAUUAUAAAAAAAUGUUCCUGAUAGCUGCAUCCCACACAUAACUGCUCUAUCAAGAUGUUAUUUAGAGCUAUGAGGGAGAAAAAUUAGGUAUAUAUAAGUAGUAUGUGAUACACAGCAAAUUGUAUGUAUUAUACACAUGUUGUAAGUAUACAUGAUGAAUAAAUGCUUUACACACUGAAGGAGGUGCACAUAGAAAGCACAUAGAUAGUUGUUGCUUAGCUGCUGUUUUCAUGUUGCAAAUUAUCAUUGCUGAUUGACAUUUUAGAGUUUGAUGUGUGACAUUCUUACACAUUCCCAAAAGAUGAAUACAACUAUAGACAGUAAGACCAUAAGACAUAGGAGCAGGAUUAGGCCUCUCAGCCCCAUCGAGUCUGCUCUGCCAUUCCAUCAGGGCUGAUUUAUCCCUCCUAACCCUAUCUUCUCCCCCUUACCUUUGACACCCUUACUAACCAAGAACUCAUAAACUUCUGUUUUAAGUAUACUUAAUGGCUUGGCUUCCACAGUCAUCUGUAGCAAUGGGUUCACCACACUCUGACUAAAAAAAUUCCUUCUCAUCUCUGUUCUAAAUGGACAUUCCUCUAUUCUGAGGCUGUGUCUUCUGGUUCUACAUACACCCAUUAUAGGAAACAUCCUCUCCAUAUCCACUCUUUUUAGGCCUGUCAAUUGAUAGGUUUCAAUGAGAUACCUCCUUAUUCUUCUACACUCCAGAGAAUACAGGCCCAGAACCUUCAAACGCUCCUCAUAUAUUAACCCUUUUAUUCCCAGAAUCAUUCUCGUGAACUUCCUCUGUACCUUCUCCAAUGCCAGCACAUCGUUUCUUAGAUAAGGGGUCCAAAAUUGCUCACAAUACUCGGAAGUGCAGUCUGACCAAUGCCUUUUAAAGCCUCAGCAUCACAUCCUUGCUCUUAUAUUCUAGUCCUCUUGAAAUGAAUGCUAACAGUGUAUUUGCCUUCCUCUCCACUGAUUUAACCUGCAAGUUAACCUUUAGAGAUUCCUCCCGUCCCUUUGCAUCUCAGAUUUUUGAAUUUUCUCCCUAUUUAUUCUGUCUACCAAAGUGCAUGACCAUACGCUUCCCAUUUGCAUAUUCCAUCUGCCACUUCUUUGUCCAUUCUCCUAAACUAAGUCCUGCAGACUCCCUUCUUCCUUAACAAUAUCUGUCCCUCCACCUACUUUGGAAUCAUCUGAAAGCUUGGCCUCAAAGCCAUCAAUUCUGUCAUCCAAAACUUUGCCAUAUAACGUGAAAUGAAGCAAUCCUAAUACUGACCCCUGCAGAACACCCGUUGUCACCAGCAGCCAGCCAGAAUUGGUCCCCUUUAUUCCAGCUCUUUGCCUUCCGCCAACCAGCCAAUUUUCUAUCCAUGCUAGUAUCUUUCCUGUAAAUAUCAUGGGCUCUUAUCUUGAUAAGCAGCCUCAUGUAUUGUUCCUUGUUAAAGGCCUUUUGAAAAUCCACUGACUCUCCUUUGUUAUUUCCCUCAAAGAAUUCCAACACAUUUGUCAGGCAAGAUUUUCCCUUAAGGAGACCAUGCUGACCUUGUCUUAUCAUGUGUCUCCAAGUACCCAAAACCACAUCUUUAACAAUUGACUCCAAAAUUUUCCCAGCCACUGAGGUCGGAUUAACUGGUAUAUAAAUUCCUUUCUUCCGCCUCCCUCCCUUCUUAAAUAGUGGAGUGACAUUUGCAAUUUUCCAGUCCUCUGGAACCAUUCCAGAAUCUAGUGAUUCUUGAAAGAUCACUUCUAAUGCCUCCACAAUCUUUUCAGCUACCUCUUUCAGAAACCUGGGGUGUAGACCAUCUGGUACAGGUGACUUAUCUACCUUCAGACCUUUCAGCUUCCCACACACGUUCUUCUUAAUAAUAAUAACUACACCCACUUCUGCCCCCAGACACUCAAAUUUCUAGCAUGCUGCUAGCAUCUGCCACAGUGAAGACUAACACAAAAUAUUUAGUAAGUUUGUAAAUCUAAUACAUCACAAGCCAGCAGAUAUGUUUAUACAAAAAUUUUGGAAUCUACGGUUCUAAGGCAUUAUAAAUGUUAAUAGUUAUCUUAGAACAAAAUCAUUAUAUUUUCUCCUGUUUAUUGGAUUUGUGAUUUCUUUGUAUCAUACACAUGCAAUGACUAAUCACAUAAUUUUUGCUACAAAUAAUAUAAAUAUCUAAGGAAACCACCAAUUACUUGGCUUUUUUUUAUUUAGAUAUACAUACACAUAAAAUACACUUCUCCACUUUAGUGUGGGGUUUUACAAUGAUGUUAACAAUAGAAAUUAUAAUCAAGCAGUGAAUUUUGGAUUAUACAUUUUCAUCUUUUAAAGAUACAGCAAUUGUAUAUUACCUUUCAUCCUCCUUUAAUACUUCUUGCCUUCUCUAUAUGCUGAACUUUCUGUAUGAUGUACACACUGAAAUUAUUUGUAUUCUGGUCUAGGUUUUACCUAUAUAAAAGAGGCAAGUCAAAAUAUUUUUCUUAGUAACAAAUAAUAUGUAAUGGGCUAAUUAUGCAGGUGAAUAUUAGUGAAUGCUUCCUUGAAACUGUGGUUCAUUUUUGUAUCCAUGUCUCAAAAGUUGUGAGCAGAAUUUUUGUUAGUAGCUUUUUCUAAAUUAAGUAAGGAAAGGUGUUCAAAUUGGUCAAACCUUCACAUUAUAUAAAUGAUAACAUUGUGUGUAUUAUAUACUUUAUUGAUGGUAAAUUAUAUGACUUGCUGUGCUCGCUAAGCAAUGGUAUGUACCUUUACAAAAACGGAAAGAAAAUUCAUGUUGUCCAUAAAGUUACUGUUGUGAUUUACCUGUAAUCAUUUUUUAAAUGUUUAGAUUAUCUAUCGAAUGAUCACUGUUUAAACUGCAAUAUACUGUUAUUACGCAAUACUUCUCUGAUAUUUCCAGGUGUAUUCCAAGAGUUAAAACUAGAGUUAAUUGGUUUAUUAUUGAAGUCUGCAGUCUCACUGUUAUUAUUUACUGAAAUAUUUGUGUAUAUCUAAUUUCAAAUAAUUAAAUACAAAUGAU